GAGGGAAAAUGGAAAUGGAUGAACCUGUAGAAGAAGGAAUUCAGUGUUCGGAAAUGAUUGAUCUUCAUAGCAUGCGAAGUCGAAUUAGCGAUUUAAGAGACACAUAUGGAAGAUCUAAGGAUGAAUCGAAAUUAUCUCCUUCCGAGUCGAAUCAGUUACUCAAAGACUCUGCUUUCCAUGUCGAGGGGAAAAUAAGUGAAUUUCUGUUGGAGUUCUCCGAUAUUGGUACUUUAGCUGCGCCAGAUUUGGAUGCGUUCUUGAGUGUUUUGAAGAACGAGCUCAACUCGAUGGACGCUGAAAAUGCUAUGAUAUCCAACGAAAUUGAAGAUCUUAAGAGAAAAUCUAGAGAAGAUUCUAAUAGUUUUGAGAGUGAGCUUGAAAGCUUGGACUGUUUGACUAAAUUGGCCACUUUACAGGGCUCAGAGGAAAUACAAGUUAAUGAUGGUCAAGUUGAUUGCUUUUCACAUGGAGAAGAGGAGAAAGAGUUGAUAAAUGCUACAAAAAGAAACAACUUUAAGAUGUUUGAGCUUAGUCAGCAGAUAGAGGAAAAUAAGAUGACCUUGAAGUCAUUGCAGGAUCUUGAAUGCAUGUUUGUAAGGUUUGAGGCUAUAGAAAAGAUUGAGGAUCUAUUAUCAGGUGUCAAAGUAAUUGAAUAUGAAGGGAACAGCAUGAGAUUGUCUUUGAAGACUCAUAUACCAAAUUUAGAAAGCUUAUUGUGCCGAAAGCAACUCAAAGAUCUUUCUGAGCCCUCAGAACACAAUCAUGAAUUGUUGAUUGAAGUUGUGGAUGGAACCAUGGAGCUAAAGAAUGUUGAGAUCUUCCCAGAUGAUGUCUACUUAGGUGAAAUUGUUGAUGCUGCAAAAUCCUUUAGGCAGUUGUCCUCAGAUAUGCUAGCAGUGGGGAUUAGGUCUCCACUCGAGUGGUUUGUCAGAAGAGUGCAAGAAAGAAUUGUUCUAUGCUCAUUGAGAAUGAUGCUUGUAAAAUCUGCAAACAAAUCCAGUAACUCCAUUGAGUACUUGGAUAGAGAAGAGACAUUGAUAGCACAUAUGGUGGGUGGAGUUGACGCUUUCAUAAAGAUUUCUCAAGGCUGGCCAUUGUCCAAUCAUGCACUAAAGCUGAUAUCUCUUAAGAGCACUUCUCGUUCAAACGAUAUUUCAUUGAGCUUUCUUUGCAGGAUUGAGGAAUUGUCAAAUUCGCUGGAUAUGCAAGUACGGAAUAACCUUUGCAACUUCGUUGAUGCAAUUCAAGCAAUUCUUAAGCAACAAGCACGGGCAGAACUCCAACCUGAAACAAGUUCUGAAAAUUGAAUUCAUUCAAAAUCCAAACAUUCUUGUUGGUAGAGCUCGUUGUCAUUCAUCCUUAUAAACAGAUGAUGCUAUUGAACAUCAUUCUUAUUGGUAUUAGUACUUAUUGCUAGGAUGUUGUUCAUAGGAAGUAUGUUGGAAAAUUGAAUAUAGCUAAGAUAAUAGUGAUGUGCUGAUUAUUAUUACUUCAAGUCAAGGCGAUCUAUAGUUGUGUUUUGUUUGGAAUGGUGUAAUAAUUGUUAAAGUUUUGGGAUU